AUGGCCGAUCCGCCUUCUUCAUCAUUAUCACCUCCACCCUCCGCGCCUCCGCCCCGCAAUACCCCAGCCACCAGCUCGAUCCGCCGCCGGGGCCUCUCCGCGCGCGCCGCAACUUUUAUAGAAGGCUCCUCGACCGAGUGGGCGCAGCGCCGCAAUUCAACCCUGUCUGACUCGAUAUCUGAGGCGCGCAAUUCUAUUCGGUCGUCUACGGAUGACUUGUUUCUCCCACGAGUCACUAGGGAUCAAGAUGACCCCAUUGCCUCGGAGGAGUCGCAUUGGCACUCUGCACCGCUGGUGUUAGCCCUUUUACCUGCUAUUGCGGGGAUUUUCUUUCAUAAUGGGAGCUCCUUCGUCACGGACGUGACCUUGUUAGUGCUAGCUGCUAUCUUUCUCAAUUGGUCCGUUCGGUUACCAUGGGACUGGUAUCGCUCAGCACAGGCAAUUCAACGAGAAGGAGAUACCUUCAAUCCCGUCGCUGAAGAGCUGGCUGAGGUUGACGAGAAUGAAGAAGCCAUAGACUCGCAAGCUGACAGCCAAAAACGUGAAAAGCACUUGCGAGCCGCAGCAGAAGCAAAAGCUAUUAAAGAACUCCAGAUCCACGAGCUAAUCGCCCUCGGCUCAUGCUUCGUCUUCCCAGUUAUUGGCACCUGGCUCCUACACGCUAUUAGAUCUAGCCUCUCUCGACCCUCGGAAGGUCUAGUCUCAAACUACAACCUCACCAUAUUCCUGCUCGCAUCCGAGAUUCGCCCAUUCGCCCACCUCCUCAAGCUCGGCCAAGCACGAACCCUUCAUCUCCAACGCGUCGUCGCAUCAAACCACGACGAUGAAAUCAACACUGAGAAAGUCCAAGAUCUCACCAAGCGUCUCGAAGAACUAGAAGCGCACGUCGCCGAAGCUGCUGCUGCCCGUUUCGCCUCUUCAUCCUCCCCAGAUCCAAAAGACUCUCCAGACCUCAUCACGCAGGCAGUAGUAGAAUCCCGCCGAACUCUAGGCCCCGACAUUGAAGCUCUCAAUCGUGCCGUGCGCCGCUAUGAGAAACGUACAGCCCUCACAGCCCUCCAAACGGAUACCCGCUUCCAACAACUCGAAGCGCAAACGCACGACGCAAUUGGCCUCGCCGCAGCCGCGCAACGCGCUAGUCAGAAUCGUCGCCAGAGUUACGCUUUUAUUCUCAUCGACUGGGCCUGCGCUUGUAUCGUUGUCCCCACCCAGAUCGCCCUUUCUAUUCUCAAUCUCCCCGGCCGCAUUGCCUGUCGCUGUCUGCUAGCCGCGCAGCGGAUGCUCGGUCUUACAAGCCCUAGUCCCAAACCACGGUCAAAAAGUGGCAAAGGCAAGUCUAGAGCGGUGACUGGGUCAAAGUAUACGUCGCAGGCUACGCAGGCUAAAUCACCGGCCGUUUCCCCUGGGAGGAAUGUACAGCAGCAGUCUUUUGAAUCUGUAUGGGGUGCUGUGCGGUAG